CUAGAGAGGCGCCGCCCCGCCUUCUGUCUCUCUCCUCACCUCCCUGCCCCCUCCGGGUUUCGCGUCUUCUAGCCGGACGCGCCCGCUAUAAUCACGUGAUUGCCUCAUCCGGGUCCUUUGCGUUCUCUCUCCCUCUCCCAACAUGGCGGCCUCAGCAAAAAAGAAGAAUAAGAAGGGGAAGACUCUUUCCCUAACAGACUUUCUGGCUGAGGAUGGAGGAACCGGUGGAGGAAGUACCUAUGUUCCCAAACCAGUGAGCUGGGCUGAUGAAACAGAUGACAUAGAAGGAGAUGUUUCAACUACGUGGCACAGUAAUGAUGACGAUGUGUAUAGGGCACCUCCAAUUGACCGUUCCAUCCUGCCCACUGCUCCACGGGCUGCUCGGGAACCCAAUAUCGACCGGAGCCGUCUUCCCAAAUCACCACCCUACACUGCUUUUCUAGGCAAUUUACCUUACGAUGUGACAGAAGACUCCAUCAAGGACUUCUUUAGAGGAUUAAAUAUCAGUGCAGUGCGUUUACCACGUGAACCCAGCAAUCCAGAGAGAUUGAAAGGUUUUGGUUAUGCCGAAUUUGAGGACCUGGAUUCCUUGCUGAGUGCCCUGAGCCUCAAUGAAGAGUCUCUAGGUAACAGGAGAAUUCGAGUGGACGUUGCUGAUCAAGCACAGGAUAAAGAUAGGGAUGAUCGUUCUUUUGGCCGUGAUAGAAAUCGGGAUUCUGAUAAAACAGAUACAGACUGGAGAGCGCGUCCUGCCACAGAUAGCUUUGAUGACUACCCACCUAGAAGAGGUGAUGACAGCUUUGGAGACAAAUAUCGGGAUCGUUAUGAUUCAGACAGGUACCGGGAUGGCUAUCGUGACGGGUAUCGUGAUGGCCCACGCCGAGAUAUGGAUCGAUACGGGGGCCGAGACCGCUAUGAUGACCGAGGCAGCAGAGACUAUGACAGAGGGUAUGAUUCCAGGAUAGGCAGUGGCAGAAGAGCAUUUGGCAGUGGGUACCGCAGGGAUGAUGACUACAGAGGGGGCGGGGACCGCUAUGAAGACAGAUACGAAAGACGGGAUGAUCGGUCAUGGAGCUCCAGGGACGAUUACUCUCGGGAUGACUAUCGGCGUGAUGACAGAGGUCCCCCUCAAAGACCCAAACUGAAUCUAAAGCCCCGAAGUACUCCUAAGGAAGAUGACUCCUCUGCUAGCACCUCCCAGUCCAGUCGAGCAGCCUCUAUCUUCGGAGGGGCAAAGCCUGUUGACACAGCUGCUAGAGAGCGAGAAGUAGAAGAACGGCUACAAAAAGAACAGGAAAAAUUGCAGCGUCAACUGGAUGAGCCAAAACUAGAACGACGGCCUCGGGAAAGACACCCAAGUUGGCGAAGUGAAGAAACUCAGGAACGAGAACGGUCAAGGACAGGAAGUGAGUCAUCACAGACUGGGACCUCAGCCACAUCUGGGAGAAGUAAGUCGGAUCAGGAUACAAGGAGGAGAGAGAGUGAGAAAUCUCUAGAAAAUGAAACACUCAAUAAGGAAGAAGACUGUCACUCUCCAACUUCUAAACCUCCCAAACCUGAACAGCCUCUAAAGGUAAUGCCAGCCCCUCCACCAAAGGAGAAUGCUUGGGUGAAGAGAAGUUCUAACCCUCCUGCUCGAUCUCAGAGCUCAGACACAGAGCAGCAAUCCCCUACAAGUGGUGGGGGGAAAAUGGUUCCAGCUCAACCAACUGAAGAAGGACCAGCAAGGAAAGCAGAUGAACAUAAAGUCGAUGGGGUAGGUGCCCCAAAAGGCCAAAGUGGAAACUCCAGCCGAGGUCCAGGAGAUGGAGGGAACAAAGACCACUGGAAGGAGUCAGAAAGGAAAGAUGGCAAAAAGGAUCAAGAUUCCCGAUCUGCACCUGAGCCAAAGAAACCUGAAGAAAAUCCAGCCUCUAAGUUCAGUUCUGCAAGCAAAUAUGCUGCUCUCUCUGUUGAUGGUGAAGAUGAAAAUGAGGGAGAUUACACCGAAUAGACCUCUACAUGCUGUGCUUUCUCCUUUCUCCGCCCUGGAACAUUCAAGAGCAAAUCAAACCUCUAUCCAGACGAGACAAAAUAAAACUCACCAUCUCCUGAAGACCUUUCUUAACUUUUUUUUUUUUUUAAACAAUGAAAUUAUUUUGCAUGCUGCUGCAGCCUUUAAAGUAUUGAACUAACUGGAGAAUCACCAAUGUAGCCAGAGAGAAAGAGACUACAGCUUUUAGUGGGAACAUGAUGGUACAUUUUGUGACAUAAGCAAUUGCCUGUGAAUUCUGCCUAGGGUCCUCCGCUUAGUAAGACAGCAGUGACAGUACUGGGAUGUCUGGUGUCUGGAUGGGCAGUAAAACAGGUCUAAGGGAAGACUUUGAGAUUACUGCCUUUCAAUUCUUAUCCUAUUGUGGCAAAUAUGAAUUCUAAAAUAUCAGAAUAAAUUUUCAAACCUUGGAAAGGUAGGUUUUAGUCUCUGAGGUUGUUUGAGUUUCUGGGAAGCUGACGGCCCCUUCUUCUGAGCUACUGGGCCAGUUGGGGGGGGGUUUCCUCCAUUUUUACCCCCCAGGGGGGUAUUUGAAAAGUCUACAAGCCACUAACGAAUAGGACUGGCUGGGGUGACAAAAUAUGUGGGAAGUAGUGGUCUGAGAAGAAGCUUCUGGGAGGUGAUGAUUUUCUCUCUCACCAAUAGGAGGAGGAAGUGCUAUGACCUUCGGUGAAGACGUGAAUGGUUGCUUCCUGGAACAGGAUGUGCUUAAGGGGUCGUGGGAAUUCCCAAGUCUUUUCUGUAUUUUCCUGGUUUUCCUUUUCUUCAGCAGGGUCCUUUCUAGUUUAAUUGUAUCCACAUUCUGUUGAAAUCCUGAAGCUCUAAAACUCUUCCUCCCUCAAAAGCAGCUUCUACUUUUAUGCCUGACCUCCCUGCUAGGCAUUCUGUAUCUUGGCCCCAGAAGCUGUCACUGCUUUUCUUAAAGCAAAUUGUGGCUCCUUCCUGUCUAUUGACUCCGGCUUCUUACCUCUAUCCAUUCCUGCUCUUGCUGCUUUAACCCCUUUUAUAUUUCAGAAUACUAAAUGAAUGGUCCUCAGCGGUGAGUCGGGGUGGAAAAAUAGGGGCAGCUUGAUUGGGAUGAGGGAUGGUGGGUUUUUGUUUUGUUUUUAACAUCUCUCUCCACUGAAAUCUCAUGCCAAUAUUUGAAUUUAUAAAAUUUUUGUUUUGUUUAAUUUUGACCUCCCCAAGAAAAUAAAUGAUGAUGGAGAGAACUAUUUAAAGUCCUGCUUUCUCUUGGAACACAAUGACUUGCUGUUUAGUUUUGCACCUGUCCAUUUCAAAGGCAGUGUUGUGGGCAGUAUUGGUUCCUAGAGAAAAAUGACACCUUGGUCUCCUGUUUGCAAACCCCUCUCCCAUCAGUCCUAAGCCCUUUCCAGUCGUGUCAGUAAGAGUGUUGGUUUAUUGGUGCUGCAGCAGUGGGCAUAAUGAAUCAGUCAUUUAUCCAGUGGACAGAAAAGACAUGCCAGGUAAACUAACUCAGUAACUGGCUUGGUUUUGCUAGGAACUAGUAAGUGGCUUUUAGAUGCCCCGGGUUGAAAGAUGUGUUUUGGUUUUUUUUUUUUUUUUUUAAUUUUUUUUUCCUAACCAUUUGUUGUAGAUGAUGAAAAGGUAGGGUUUGCCCUCUUCAUGUCUACUUUUUCCAAAUAGUUGUAUCAAAAAAAAUACUUUUUUUGCCUCCCUCACUCCCCUGCCUCCCCGUUAAAAGAAAAGGAAAAGAAAAAAAAAAAAACGGGGAUUCGUGUCCCAUUCCUCAAUACAUGUAAAAUUUGUACAAAAAUAUCUUCUAUGAAAAUGAUUUGUAAUCUGUAGACUUAAUACCUGGGAGAUGUCUUGAGAUGUAAAAUCCCAUCCUUUGGGUUGUGGGGUUUUGUUUUCUCCAAAUAAAUCUGAUCUUUCGAGUUGA